AUGAGUGAUUUUUAUUCAAAUGCAGAGGAUGACGAUGAAGAUGAUAUCGAUCAACAUGCUGCUGUACGAUCCUCAUCACAUGCAUUACAAAUCGAAUUAUGCAUCUUACUUAUCCUAUUCUUUCGAAAAAUAGCUGCUCAUGUUUUCUCUGUACCGGCUUCAAGUGCAGCCGUUGAAAGAGAAUUCAAUUUUACCGGUAAUAUCAUUACACAAAAGGGUUCAAAAUUAGCUCCAGAUGUCGUCAACGAUAUGAUUUUUAAUCAUUCAUACAAGUUGUAUCAACAAGGACUUGAUGAUACAGAUAAUUUCGCAUUACACUAA